AUGUAUUUGAUGUUUAAUGGGGAACAGCUUGAUGAAGAAGACAUAGUAUCCGAUUUUGAUAUAAAGGCGGGUUCUAAGCUGGAAUUAGUUGAUCCAACUGUUAAGUAUCGUAAGUUUACAGGCUUUUUUGGAUUAAAAUUUGUCGAUGUUAGCAAUGAUAAAAAUUUAAACCGAAAAGAAUGGUCUAAAACAGCUCCACGAUGGCGAAGAGCGCGACAUGGUUUGUGUCUUGAAGGUGAAUGUAAAAACUCUAAAUGUGAAGCUUCUGGUCGUACAGUUAUUAUGCCCAUUGGUUACAAGAAAUUCGAUAUGUCAAGCGAUCCAAGCGAAACUACAACUAAAUGUCCUGUAUGUAAAAAAUAUGUUCCUCCAGUAACAUGUGGGUUUAAUAAUUGUUGGUGGAGAUAUGAUGGGGUGAAAGAUUGCCAAAAUGCGCCGCCAGAAUCAUGUUCAAGUGGUUGGAAGCGAGCUGAUGAUGCAUAUUAUCAUUUUAAAGACGAACAAAAUGAAAUCAUUGACUGGAGGAAACUUAUAUUUGAAGCAAUUAGAGAACAUCCAUCAGAAGCAGCAUCUGAAGAAUCAGUAGGAUUGGAAGCAUCUACAGGACAACCAGAAGAAUCGGCACGAUUUGCAUCACGGCAACCACAAACAACAUCAAAAUUACCUCAAAUGUCAGCAGCCGCUAUUGCAGCUAUACCACCAAAACACUCAUUUCAACCCAAAGAGGCUGGUGUCGAUGGGUUUGCACAACCGGACAAAUUUUGGUGUCCAUGGAAAUCAAAUCUCUGUAAAAAUAAUCUUACGAUUAAAGGUCAAGGUACAGUCUCAAUAAUGCAACAAACAUCAAUACCUUUCAAAUUACGAUUGUCGAAUAAAGAAGAUCCUCAUGAUCGAGAUGCAUAUUCCAUAAUGCUUUCAAUUAAUGAGAAUAAAGUUGUAUUAAGUACAAGUACUGGACAAACUUAUGAAUCUACUGAUCAGCUUCAUAUACUUCAACGUGAUGAUGGGAAUUGGCAUAGGUAUUGGAUUAGUUUCUUUGAAACUGAUGGAAAUAUUAAAUAUGGUGUUGGUGAAAUUCGUCCACUCUUUGCUGUUUUUAGUAUUAAUGUUUCAGAAAAUGAAAGAAAACUUAUGAAAGAAGUCUAUUAUUUACAUAUUGAAUUAAACAAUAAUGAUCGAAUGUUAACUGAAUUAGAUGAAUUCAAAGAAAAAUUUCGCUUUUAUAUUGGAAAAGAUCCUGUUGUAUAUGACCCACCAUUGUUUGUUGUACCAUACAAUCAAUAUUAUACUGUACAUGCAACUGAGCAUAUAGCUAUUCCACCAUCAAAAUUAGAAAAAACAUGUCGUGAUUUAUAUGAUAGUGUUAUUAAUUUCGAAUUAAAUACAAAAGAUUUUUCAGAUCUUACUCGUGUCAUUGACGAAAGUAUCAAAAACAAGAAAGGUUGGUGUCACAAAAAACUAACUGAGAAAGCUAAUCAUUUUGGUAAACCAAAUUUUAAGGCAUCUUAUUUACGUAUUACACUGGGUAAUCGAGAAGGAAGUGCACCAGGUCAUACAUAUGUCGUCGAAGUUUGGCCUGCUGGACAUUUUAGUCCUAUUCAUAAUCAUAGUAAUGCAUACGCUAUUAUUCGAGUACUUUAUGGUGGCAUUUUGUUAAAACUCUAUCCAGCAUUAAGACUUAAUGUCAUUCAAUAUAAGCCCAUUGAACAAUUUUGUCGUGAAGGACAAGUAACAUGGAUAUUACCAAACUUAAAUCAAACGCAUCAACUGAAACAUGUUGAUCCGAAUGGUACAUGUUGUAUAACUAUUCAAUGUUAUGCAUAUGGAACAGAAGAUCAACAACAUUAUGAAUAUUUUGAUUAUCUUACAAGUGAUGAACAAAGUAUUGGUCAUUUUGAUCCAAAAUCUGAUAUUGAUUUCAAGGACUUUGUAGAAGUAAUGCGACAAGAAAAAAACAAUAUAUUUCAUUGA